AUGGCCUCUGCCGGUCAUCCCCAACAUCUCUACAGAUCCGCCACAGCGCUGGACACGAACGGCCUCAUGCACUCUAACGCUAGCAACACGCAAUACGACCUCAACGGAUCUUCGUCUGGUUUUGUUUCACAGCAAUCGCACGCUCCAUCGCAACCCAUACCUGCAUCCGGGCUCGGAAAUGCUUCGAAUUGGCCCAACCACACCGGAACGACGUGGACCACCUCCGAUCUCAAUCAGCCCACGUCUUCAUCGCUCUCAUCUAUGUACUCCUCAUCCUACCCUUCCGUGCAGCCACCACCAGCCACUUCUAGUCAUAGCCUUCAUCUCCCACAGCACCCACACCUCGCGGCUUCGAACAAUACUAGUUCGUCCUCCUCCUCGCUUGCAGCCGCCUUUCCGGAAUCAUCACAACGAACUUCUGUGACUACGCCACCUACCUCCACGGAUCUUUAUCACUCUGUCACUUCUGCCAUGCACGACACGACGGGCGACGGAAGCAACAAUGGCGGAUUCGCCACCUGGCUGCCUGCCUCCGGUGCCACCCAUGACAGCGGUAUCACACCAUACACAUCUGCUUCCGCUUCCGCCUCCCAGCCGGUAUCCUACAACAACUACGUCCAGCAAAAUAACUCCCUCCUCUCCUACGACAUCGGAGCUCCUCAGUCUUACGCAGGCGGGGGUGGCGGUGGCGCAGGCGGUUCAUAUGCACUUACGGGGUAUUCAUCUCAGCAGAACUCUCACAACCCAUCUUCCACCACUCUGUCCCAUCACACAGACCCCAGCAAACAUUUCCAAUCCUCAUCUUCGCCGCGUUCAUCUCCGGGCGAGUCCUAUAGCUCCCACAAUAACUCGCCACAUUUCCCGCCAGUCGAUUCCAUAUCGUCGGCUUAUCACCACCAUCUCGACAACGCUCUGAGCGGCGCAAACGGAAUCCGUUUGUUGUCGAACAACAAUGGAACCAGUCGCGAUCCGAGUCCCGGUGGGUCAUUGACCGCUCGUUCGGACUCCCGCUCGGGUUCUUCCAGGCUUGGAGACGGAUUGAGUCUUACCAGAUCCGAAUCCCACCUCCGUACCGCCCUCCAACCUCCAUCUUCAUCGAUGCCUGGUGGCACUUUCAAUGACGGGGCUGGCAACGGCUUUUCCACAUCCACUUCUUCGCCGCACCUUUACUCGCGCUCGAAUGGAACCACGCCCCACCCAUCCGCCAUGAACGGCGCUCGCGCUGGGCAUUAUUCUCAGCCUCGCCGCAUGAGCAGCGUGGACCUCACACGGAAUGCCGGUGCUGGGAUGUUCGAUUCCGUCAACUCUUUCCUCCCGUUCGUCGAUGGGCAGCAGACUCAGCGCCCUAACGGGCGCUCUCCGUCCUCGCCUCCUAUCCCACCAUACCCUUCGUACUCCUCGUCCUCGUCGCUGACGGUCCCGUCCUACGUCCACCCCGUCCCAAGCUCCGCUACCGCGUCCCCUUCCGUUCCUUCCCGUCCCAUGCCAUCUCGUAAGACGUCACUCCCCGACGACACCACCGCCCAGCGCAAACAACUCCCCGGCAGACCAGUUCCUAAACGCCGUCGCACGACCGUCGAGAGCAGCAUCAACGAGCACGACCUCGGACCUGCCGUUCUCGCGUUCCGUCUGGAGGCAGCCGAGCCUGCGUCCGAGAGGGACGGCGACAUCAGUGGAUCCGGCCAGAGUGAGGUAGUGGCGGCUGGUAACGGUGGUAGGAACGGGAGAAAGGCGAGGAGUUUGGUCUUGAAGCCGUUGGACGAGCAUGACGACCCGUUCUUGGUGAAGAUCGAGGAUUUGAAGAGGGAGAGCGGAGAGGUUUGGUACCAGGGUAUGAGCCACGAGUUCGCGGCGUUUGGGGAUGUGAUGCGCGUGGACGAAGGGAAGGAAAAGAAGACGAGGGGUAGGAGAGACAAAGACACGGAGAAGGAUAGCAACUCAUCCGACUCGAGCAGCACGACCCUCGAAGCUUACACUACCAACAACAUCAUCGGUCUCUCUUCCUCUCCCGCCCUCUCGUUCUCCACGGCCGCCACAUCGCUCAACGGCGGCGACCACGAUCUCAACCAAAACAUCAACUCUUCUCGUCCUUCCUCGUCUUCUCCCGGUCCUCGUCCCUCGAGCUCCCGAGACCUCGACAGCAAGUCUAACCACAUGCAGAUCCCCGCCCCCGUCGUGUACACCAUGACCGCCGAGGAGGAAGAAGACGCCAACUCGCCCUGGACGAUCAAGCCCAUCGAGGAAUCCCUCGCCUCACGCAACGCCGUCGCCGCCAACUCCGAUCUCAACUCCGGCUCAGGCUCCGGAAAUGGAAGCGGCGAUGGAGGAGCGGGAGGAAACGGCAGUGCUGGCUGGGGGCCACAAGGCCAGAAGAGGGCGAAGAUGCACCCGUCGUUCAAGUGUACCGUCCCUAACUGCACCAAAUCAUUCACGGUCCGCUCGAAUGCCAAACGACACAUGCGCACGCACGGGAUCGGAAACACCCAGGGCCCUACCCAGCCUUCCGCUUCUACAGCUUCUGCCUCUCGUUCUCAACCAGCCGGCGCCGAAGACAUCGAAGUGGACGAACUCUCCUCUUCGACCGCGUCGUAUCCGUUGGGCGGUCUGAACAGCGGUGCAGGACGCGGCCGUGCCUAUUCGUACUCGUCCCAUUCGGCACUGUGUUUCUCUGCCGGUGCCGGGAGACGGAGCACGGGUAAGAGGACUAGGCGGGAGUACGAGAACUACGAUGAAGACGAGGUGGAGGGCGACAGGGGAGAGAAACGCGAUGGGGCCGGGGAGGAUGCUGAGGGACAACUUGAGUUCGUGAACUUCGGGACUGCUGGGUUUGGCGCGAACGGUAGGGGACGGACGAGGCAGUCGGCUGAUGCAGAGAGGGAGGAGUCCAGCGCGGGCGGAAGUCCCUCGAGAGUGUUGAGGAAGAGAAGGUAA